GUGCGUGCAGGGCUGGCAUCUCGGUGACGCCGUCUGAGCUCGGUGCGCGCAAAGCAGAGCAGGCGGAGCGGGCCGGCCGGGGCGGAGCGGAGCGGUCCGCAGAGCAGCCCCUCCCGGCCUCGGCCGACCCCAGCCCUCGGCCCGGCUCUAUGGACAGGAGCUCGCUGCUGCAGCUCAUCCAGGAGCAGCAGCUGGAUCCUGAGAAUACAGGCUUCAUCGGUGCGGACACCUUCGCUGGCCUGGUACACAGCCAUGAGCUGCCCCUGGACCCCACCAAGUUGGACAUGUUGGUGGCUCUGGCUCAGAGCAACGAACGGGGCCAGGUCUGCUACCAGGAGCUGGUGGACCUGGUCAGUGCCAUGAUCAGCAGCAAGCGUUCCAGCAGCUUCAAGAGGGCCAUUGCUAAUGGACAGCGGGCGCUGCCUCGGGACGGACUGCUGGAUGAGCCAGGCCUGGGGGUCUACAAGCGGUUUGUGCGAUACGUGGCCUACGAGAUCCUGCCCUGUGAGGUGGAUCGUCGCUGGUACUUCUACCGGCACCGCAGCUGCCCACCCCCUGUGUUCAUGGCCUCUGUCACCCUUGCCCAGAUCAUCGUGUUCCUGUGCUACGGGGCACGUCUCAACAAGUGGGUGCUCCAGACCUACCACCCUGAAUACAUGAAGAGCCCUCUAGUGUACCACCCGGGACACCGCGCGCGCGCCUGGCGCUUCCUCACCUACAUGUUCAUGCAUGUUGGGCUGGAGCAGCUAGGGUUCAACGCCCUCUUGCAGCUGAUGAUUGGGGUGCCCCUGGAGAUGGUACACGGUGUGCUUCGCAUCAGCCUGCUGUACCUGGCAGGUGUGCUGGCAGGCUCCCUGACUGUCUCUAUCACAGACAUGCGUGCCCCUCUCGUAGGGGGCUCUGGAGGGGUCUAUGCCCUGUGCUCGGCACACCUGGCCAACGUUGUCAUGAACUGGGCUGGGAUGCGGUGUCCGUACAAGCUGCUGAGGAUGGUGCUGGCUCUGGUGUGCAUGAGUUCCGAAGUGGGCCGGGCUGUGUGGCUGCGCUUCUCCCCACCACUGCCCGCCUCAGGCCCACAGCCCAGCUUCAUGGCACACCUGGCUGGUGCAGUGGUAGGUGUAAGCAUGGGCCUUACCAUCCUUCGAAGCUAUGAGGAGCGCCUGAGGGACCAGUGCGGCUGGUGGGUGGUGCUACUUGCCUAUGGCACCUUCCUGCUUUUCGCCAUCUUCUGGAACGUCUUUGCCUAUGACCUGCUGGGUGCCGAUAUUCCCCCUCCACCUUGACCUGCUCCUUAGGGCCAUCUGGCUGGAGCCUGGCCUGCAGGGGGUCAGCCGCCAGGUGGGCCUGCAUGUCUGCCCUCUAUGGAUGGACCUCUCUGGGCUGCUCUUCCCCACAGGGGCAGGCGGGGCCCUGUGGUCCACCGGGUUGAGGCCAAGUCUUACCGCAGCCCUGGCUGCCCCUCCCGGGCCUUUCUGGGGGAGGGGUGCUACUGGGCCAGGGCUGGGUGGUGGUCCUCGAAUGUGGCCCUAGAGGAGACCCCCUCCCUCCCCACCGAUCCCCAGGACUUGCAGUCUGAGCCUUUUUGGAGAAUGAAUAAAUAUUUUACACAGCA